GGAAUGGGGUUCGGGGUGGUUCCAACUCAAAUGCGUAAGCGUUCUCGCGAUUCUGCAUCAUCUUCUAAUGCUGGUCCUUCGCAAGAGGAAUAUGAUUCUCUCAAAGAGGAACUCGACACUUUGAAAGGGAAAAUGGGAGAACUUGAUACCUUGAAAGCACAAAUGACAUCAAUUAUGCAACAAAUGGUUGCUCAACAAAAUUUUCGUAUAAAUGAGGUUACAGAUUUGGGCUCUCCAGGAGUCAGAAGAUCUUCUCAUGCUAGUCAUAACCCACACAGUGAAGGACCAGAUUCAUCACCUCAUAUUCCACCUCCACCACCACAACCUUAAAUAUUUUAUUUAGACGUUGAUU